AUGGUUGCAAUUGAGGAGACUUUGCGCGCAACAGCUGCUCCUCACGGCAUCCCUGUGGCGGCGGGGAUCAUGGCUACCUCCGCCAAGAGACAGGUCUUGGGGUCCACAUCGUGCGCGUUUAGCAGCAGACACUGGGCUGUCGGGGCCAAGGCCAAGGGAACCCCUGUCAAAAAGUCAAGCCAACAAACACGAAGACCUUGUGCGGGUUCGUGCGUGGAUUCGGAUUUCAUAUUGCCUGCUGUUUCCCCCCCUCACAUGUGCAAACACGUGGUAGUCACCGUAGAUAAUCCCAGCAUUGAUCAAUGGAUCAUGUUCAGCUGCUAGGUAUACGUCACUGGCAAUGUGACAAGGUCCAUUGGCAGCUGAAGUGGAAUUCUCUGACCGCCCUCACUCCAAUACGGGGAGUAUACUAUCUUUGGCAUCAUCGUGCCUGGAAAACGGCCAUGCGCUGCUGGCGUUCCGGGAAAGCUAGUCUAGUCUAGCCUAGCCUUGCGGUAAAAGAAAGCUGCCAAUCGGAUGGAAACCUAUAUUGUCUAGAUAAAGAUUCCACCUCGAGGGUGGGAAACAGCCAGACUAGCCAGU